UAGACUUUGACCCGCAGCUGUCGACUGUCAACACAAAACAUGCUGGUUUAUUAAUGUGUUAUCUGAGUGAGCAUCAGGUGAAGAGUCUACACAGUCCUUGAACGAGAUUGCAGACACCUCGCCGAUAACACUGCUUAGAUUCUUGUGACUUAGAGCUUCUCCUUGCAGCACGAAACAAACAGUCAUGGCUGACAUGUUGAUGUUGUCGGACACUGAGAAGACGUUUCAGUACACGGAGGAGCUUCCUUCUCUCCCCAUCCCCCCUCUGAAGCAGACCCUUGACAAGUACCUGGAAUCAACGAAGCCAUUUGUGACAGAUGAAGAAUAUGGAGAGACCGAGAGAAUCGUGAGAGAGUUUCAAGCAGGUCUGGGCAAAGAGCUGCAUCUGAAACUCUCUGAGAAAGCAAAGUAUAAGAAGAACUGGCUUGUCAUACCAACCCUGAAGUGGUGGGAGGAUCAUGCGUAUCUGGAAUGGCGGAUGCCGUCUGCUCUGCUGGUCAACAUGGCAGGCCCCGGGCCAUACAUGCGGGACAUCUGGCCAGCACGGGACGGAACUCAGCUGGAGCGGACAGCCCUGCUCCUGUAUUACAUGGUCAAGUUCUGGCAGGUCCUCAGAGAAGAGAAAUUACGUCCACAGAAGGAUGCCAAGGGGAGACCACUCUGUAUGUCCCAGUUUCAUCGCGUGUACAAUACAUGUAAAAUACCGGGACUGACCAUGGAUAAAAUUCUGUUUUACUUUCAAACAGAGACUGAAGGGCCAGCCCCCUCCAAUGUCACUGUGACAUGCCGAGGUCACUACUUCAACCUGGAAUGUCUCGAUGCGGAUGGCGAGGUCAAGACACAGCCAGAGUUUCUUCAUCAUCUGAAGGCCAUCCAAGAGAAAUGUGACAAGAUGCCUCCAGGGCCGGCCAUUGGGAACCUCACCACAGAUGACCGCACGGAAUGGGCUAAGAUGAGGAGCCGCCUCAUUGCCAAGAAUCCAAAGAACUACGAGAACCUAGAGAAAAUCCAGCAGUCUGUAUUCCUGAUUGACCUGACUGACGAAUCUCCUGCCGAUGAGAGUCAGCUGGCAUGGCUGGGGCUUGGUGGAAAUGCAGACAACAAAUUCUUUGAUAAAUCCCUCAACAUUUCUGUUCACAAGAACGGUCUUAUCUGCUCCAACUGUGAUCAUUCUCCGUUUGACGCCAUGGUGCUGGUUGUAAGCACCUACUAUGUCCACCUCAAACUGCAGGAGGUUGAUGGCCAGUGGCAGGGCAGCACGGCUGUGAGACCGUUUCCUCCCGCUGAAGAACUCACUUUUGACCUUGAUGAUGUCCUCCAGCAGAAGAUCAAGAGCACCAGAGACGCAUUUAAAGAACUGUGUGCCACUGUGGAGGUUCAGACAGCCCUGUUUACAGACUACGGUAAAGAAUACUUGAAGUCGGUCAAAGUUCACCCUGAUGCUCACGUACAGAUGGCGCUGCAACUCACCUACUACAGGAAGUACGGGAAACCUGCCCCGAUGUAUGAGACGGCAACAACUCGUCGGUUCUACCAUGCUCGUACCGAGACGAUGAGGUCUUGCACUGUUGAGGCGAUAGACUGGUGUAAAUCCAUGGUGGAUCCUCGAGUCAGCUCCCAGAAGCGUAUCCAGCUGUUUCUGCGAGCCGUGUCCAGACACCAGCAGCUGAUGGGUGAGUCCCAGGAAAUGAAUGGCUGUGACCGCCAUCUGUUUGGCCUCUACAUGACGGCAAAGGAGGAGGGGCUGCCCAUGCCCGACAUCUUCACUGACGCUACUUUUUUAAGAGUGGUGGCGGAGGUAAUUAUGUGUUGUCGACAAGCAGUAUCGGCUACACCACUGUGUAUGGUGGAGUGUCCCCCAUGUGCAGGAAUGGGUACGGCUGCUUCUAUAGGAUGGCUUCCAAUGAAAUCGGCACUUUCAUGUCCUCCUGGGUAGAGGACGAGGAAACUAGUGCUAAGGAAUUCACCCAGGAUUUCCACCAGACUCUCCGGGACAUGCAAGCAUUGCUGGACCACCGUGCCACAUCCGCCCGAUUGUAGGGGACACCAGGUGUCUCCACAUGUAACUACCAUUAGCUUUAGUCCCAUGAUGCCUUACGAUAAUUGGAGCACUUUGUGGAACAAGAGCCACCAGUCCCUGCCUCACAGCGUACAAGGAGUAUAAAUGUCAGGAGUAGGCCUGAUGAACGUGUACUAGAUUGUUCAUUAUAGUUGGUCAAAGUUUUAGGUAGUUAUUUUAUCAAGAUGUGAAAUUGUGAAAAACAUUAUGCAUGGUGCUGAAUUGUUCAUAGGAGUGAUCGGUUCAUCAAGAAUUACAGGAAUAUCUCUAUGAAACAUUAUUUUAUAAUGUUGAUGAUAUCAAGGGCACAGAGGGGCGGUGGGGUAGCCUAGUGGUUAAAGCGUUCGCUCGUCACGCCGAAGACCCGGGUUCGAUUCCUCAC